UACUCUAUACGGAUAUUAUUGUGUGUGUGCGUGUUGAUCAAUGGCUGAUGGCUGUGUGUUCCUAAACUGAAAGCAAGCGUUUGAUGGCCGGGUUGUAUUUAAUUUGUUUAUUGCAUUAUUGAACUUCUUGAAAAUGGCAUUGUGUUGCGCAAUAUCAAACGAAGUUCCUGAGCACCCAGUUGUCUCACCGACGUCGGGUUCUAUAUUCGAAAGAAGACUAAUCGAGAAAUAUAUUAUAGAAAAUGGAAUCGAUCCAAUUUCAGGAAAGGAGUUGACUGUAGAACAGCUUAUUGAUGUUAAAACCACGCCGAUAGUGAAACCGAAGCCGCCAUCGGCGACCAGCAUUCCGGCCAUUUUGAAAACGUUGCAGGACGAAUGGGACGCGGUGAUGCUGCACAGCUUUACGCUGCGUCAGCAACUGCAGACGGCACGUCAGGAGCUGAGUCACGCGCUGUACCAGCACGACGCUGCGUGUCGCGUCAUCGGCCGACUCACCAAGGAGGUCACGGCCGCCAGAGAGGCUCUCGCCACGCUCAAGCCGCAAGCGGGUAUCGCACAGCCGCCCGCCGGUAUUCCGCAGCCGGCGAUUGCCGUUGAGGCCGGUGGUGUGGCUAACCAACCGACAGAGCAAGCCGGCAUGACCCCCGAGAUUAUCAAGAAACUGCAAGACAAGGCCACAGUUCUCACCCAGGAGAGAAAGAGACGUGGCAGAACAGUACCUGAAGAUCUUGUCUCGCAUGAAAACAUCAGGAGCUUCCACACUUUGUCUUCACAUCCUGGUCUCCACAGUGCCAGUAUACCCGGUAUUUUAUCUUUGGACAUUCAUGCUGCUGACACAAGCAAGAUUUUGACUGGUGGAAACGAUCGUAAUGCAACUGUGUUCAAUAAGGAAACCGAACAGGUGGUAGCUGUGCUCAAGGGCCAUACAAAAAAAGUCACUAGAGUCAUCUAUCAUCCUGAUGAGGAGGUGGUAAUUACUGGCUCGCCGGACACGACGAUCAGAGUAUGGGACGUGUCGACGUCGCAGUCGAUGCAGCUGAUCCGGGCGCACAGUGCCGCCGUCACUGGCCUCUCACUGCAUCCAACCGGCGACUAUGUGCUCUCCACCUCCUCCGACCAGCACUGGGCCUUCUCCGACAUCAGAACUGGCCGGCUACUCACUAAGGUGGCUGACCAAGGUGCUACGGGUGGCAUAGCACUGACAACUGCACAAUUCCAUCCUGAUGGUCUCAUUUUCGGCAUAGGAACUUCUGAUUCUCAGGUCAAGAUUUGGGACCUCAAAGAAAAGUCCAACGUCGCCAAUUUCCCAGGACAUUCGGGCCCAAUAACAGCUAUUUCGUUCUCGGAGAACGGUUACUACCUUGCGACUGCCGCUGAUGAUGCCUGUGUCAAACUGUGGGAUCUUCGCAAGCUGAAAAACAUCAAAACAUUGCAGCUGGAUGACAACUAUGAGAUCGCUGACGUGUGCUUCGACCAGAGUGGAACUUAUCUGGCGGUUGCUGGCACUGAUGUUAGAGUUUAUCUGUGCAAGCAGUGGCAAGAAUUGAGAGUAUUCAAUGACCACACAGCUCUGGCCACAGGGGUCCGCUUCGGAAAACAUGCUCAGUAUAUCGCAUCCACAAGUAUGGAUCGUACACUCAAGUUCUACGGUCUAUAAUUCACAAAUUCCAACUCUAUUAAAAAUCAAUUUAACAGCUCUUCAUUUAAAACUGCUUGAGUGAUUAAUACAGCUCUACAGUGAACUUGAAGUUGUCCAAUUAUAGAGUCUUGUGAAUAAAAGUUCUUGAUUACACUCUCUCAUAAAGUGCGAUUCUAUUCAUCAUUGUAGUUUUUGACGACGUAAAUGUUUGCGCGGAAUAAUAAAUUGUGCUUAAGGACCUCAUGUGCAGUUUCUUUGAAGAAAUGAACAUGUUUUAGACAACUUUUCCCAAAUAUUGGGAAAUAGAAGGUUAUGCGGUGAGGUGGAACAACCAUUAGAUCUCUCCAGCAUCAAGUCAUACGGUUUUAAUAUUAAUCAAUCCAAAUUUAUUAUUUGAUAUAGGCCUACUAAGUACCUUUCCUUUUUUAUUUCAUUUUUCCAAGUAACGGCUAGUUUCGGUAAUUAACGCUAAACUCAGUUUCCAAGUACGUGUAAUUAACUUACAUUUGAGAAUGAAAGUGACUUAAUUUCUCAGUAUAAGUUCUUAAGGUUGGGAAUUCACGUUGCUAAAACGAUUCGAAACGUAUAUAGGCCUACUUGAAAGUGAAUAAAUUGAACGCAAUGCGUUGGUAACCAGUGGCCUGUUUCACAAAGGUACAAGUAGGUUACAAGUCUUGUUGCCAACCAUGCUUUUGGAGAACAGCUGAUUACAAGCGUUUCACAAAAGCAGAAUUGUAAACUUGUAGUUACAAUGAAUUUCUACAAGUUUACAAGUGAUUUGCUUGUUACGAACAAGUGUUUCACAAAGAUUUUCAUUGUAGCCAACAAUUUUUGUCAAAAUUACUUGUUCGUAACUAUGAAAUUUCUACCGAAGUGGAAAGCUAUGUAAAGGAUUUACAAGUCAUCAUUAAAAUUAUUUUAAAUAUUCAAUAAAUAUUUCCAAUAAUCAAAAAUGCCUAUAUUCCUCUAUAAUUCAUUAUUUUGGAAAUAUAUGCAUCAGGAAAUUGAAUUUAAUAAAUUUCCAAAAUAGUUUUUAAUAUGUUACCUCAUAGGUUAUGUGUACUAUAGUAUAUGCACAGUAUAAUAUAGUAUACAUUAUAAUAUAGUAUACAUUUUAUAUAUAUAUAAAUAUUAUACAUUAGUAUAAAUAGUAUACAUUUUAUAUAUAUAUAUUAUAUAUAUAUAUAUAUAUACAGAGUACAUAUACUGUGUAGGCUACAAAUUCAGCAAUAAAUGAAGUAGACUGUACAAAAAACAUUAUAUUGCUUUCAAAUAUUUUCAAAGUAAUUAUUGAAAAGUACAAGUAACCUUUAUAAAGGAUGAAAAAAGGAAAUUAUCAUGAAAAUAGGUUAUGUUUAAUAUUGAAGUACUUGUAGACUUGUAAAAUUGUAAACUUGUAGAUCAUAAAUUUUUGUUAAACGUGAGUACUUGUAAACUUGUAACUACAAGUACUUGUUCGUAACCAUGGUUGGUAACAUUACUUGUACCUUUGUGAAAUAGGCCCCAGUAAGUCAAGAUAUCUUACAAACCUGUUUCGAAUUUAACUUUUUUGACUAGCCAUCUAUACUAUUAAUACCGGAAUGAAACAAUCAGCGUAUUUUGAAUUUAUUAUAUUAGGUUCAUUUUACUAUAAUUUUAAAUUAUAUUUCCUCAUUAUUGAAUUUUUAAAUCUUACGUGAAAAUGAAAGAGAAUAUUUAUUUAUUUAUUGGAUAGAGAUGGAAUAACCAUUAGAUAUCUCCAGCAUCAAUUCAUAAGGUUUUAAUAUUAAUUAAUCCAAUUUUUCUAUUUAUCAAUAAAUAAAUGAAUAGAAUAUUAUUAUCAUUUCAGUUUUAAAAUCCAAAGUUUUAGAAUAUAUUACAAGUAUGCUGUUACUAAGAGAAACUUUUAAUUGCAGAGAGAUUUGAUAACUCUUAUAAUAAACGUUCUUGAAUUGUAUUCGCAACAAAUAGAGAAAUAUAUUUAGUUUUCUUAUUAUCUUAGUAUUUGUCAAAUUAUUGACUUUUUUUAAUGGAACCAAUAAAAAUGCUGUUCUUAUUAAAAACUAUACUGAUCUUUUUUAA